UGGUUAUGUUAUCUAUUCAUCUCACUUGUUUCAUCUUAAUAUUUUAAAUCAAAGAAGGAUUUUUGAAGACGGAUAUGAUGAAUAUUACUCCUAUGAUGACUGUAUUCUAGACAAAGUUGCAAAUAAUUCCCAAAUAAAGAAUAUUUUGAAAACUGAGGAAUCCAAGACAAUUUCCAAUGGGAUUGAUGAAUCAAUGUUUAAAAGUGUUUUUAUUCAGAUGGAAAAUAUUAUAAAACUUGGUGAAUGCAAUAAACCAAAUAUAAAGCUUCAGACAACCUUUACCCUUACCAGCCUGACUGAUUCAAAUUUUGCUUGGAUUGGUUAUAGUAGACCUUUUCAAUUUGAUCUGGAAUUUCCCCAAUCAAUAGUGGUAAAGGAGGUUUUUUCAUCAUAUGAUAUGAUUUCUCUUAUUGGAGAAGUAGGAGGAUGGACAGGGCUACUGCUAGGAUACAGUGUGUUAGGUUUUGGAUAUGUUAUCAGAGGAAAACUUGGCCAAAAAAUUAGACUUAAGAUAUUCCUUUGUAUUGUUAUUGGACUAUCUGCUGCUAUACUCUACCAACUAACACUCUCAACACAGAAGCUGCAGAGUAGCCUGACAGGAACUAAAAUAGAAUACAUGAAAACAGAUCCUAAUCUUAAUAUUUCAAUAUCAAUCUGUAACACACAGAUUCACUGGCCUAUGGAAAAUAUUUCAGAACUUCAAAAUUUCGACUCAAUAUUUCAAAGAAGUAAAGAAGAUGCUGAAUGGAUUGAAUAUAAAGAUGCCUUGUCAAAAAUAUUUAUAUGGGAAGAAGAACGAUUCUUGGUUUACUUAUGUAAAACAAUGCCUUUCACUGGAGAAGAGUUGAAAAUUGUUCAUAGUCUUUAUUCAGAAGAAGCUAUAUUUCUCCAUGAUCCUGGCUUUAUUACGGGGGAAACUUCUUUGAAGCUUACAGGAGAAAAGCUACAGAAGAGCUCAACUCUUCUUUUAAAUGCUAAACAGAUUCAAAAUAUUGAAGAAGAUAAUGUCUGUUUGAACUUAAUAGAUUAUGAUUCAUGCAGAGAUGAUUAUAUAUCGCAAGAAUUUAACAAUACACACGGAUGCAUCUUGUUUAACAUAAAGAAUCCAGGAAACAAAUUUGAAAAAUGUAUUCUACCAUCAUCAGAUCAGCUAACAGGAAUAUUGACAGUAAUUCAAAUAAAAAGAAUUUUUAAAAAAUCAAAUGCCAUGUAA